CGGGCGCCGGACCCCCAGGCGGAGCGACAGGUCUCGGCCCCCAGGCGGAGCGGCGGGCACCGAGUCACCAGGCACGACAGUGGGCUCCGAGUCAACUGGCAAGACUGCGGGCACCGAGUCGUCUGGCAAGACUGCGGGCACCGAGUCGUCUGGCAAGACUGCGGGCACCGAGUCGUCUGGCGGAACAGCGGGCAUCGAGUCAACUGGCGGAACAGCAAGACUGCGGGCACCGAGUCGUCUGGCAAGACUGCGGGCACCGAGUCGUCUGGCAAGACUGCGGGCACCGAGGCGUCUGACAAGACUGCGGGCACCGAGUCACCUGGCGGAACAGCGGGCAUCGAGUCGUCUGGCAAGACUGCGGGCACCGAGUCGUCUGGCAAGACUGCGUGUACCGGAUCAGGUACCGGAUCAUCUGGAUCAACAGCGGGCAUCGAGUCAACUGGCCUAAUAGGAUCAUCAGGCUGGAUCAGUUCAUUAUGCUGGGUAGAGGCAUCCGGCUGAGUAGAGGCAUCAGGCUGAGUAGAGGCAUCAGGCUGAGUAGAGGCUUCAGGCUGAGUAGAGGCUUCAGGCUGAGUAGAGGCUUCAGGCUGAGUAGAGGCUUCAGGCUGAAGAGAGGCAUCAGGCUGAACCACAGAAGGCAGGUUCUCAGACGGCAGGCUCACCGGUUUGGAUACUGGCAGGAUGGUACUGGUUGGAAAG